AUUUACUAACCAGGUUCACUCAAAUUGGUCAUGAAACACUUAGCUGUAUAUCCAGAUCUAUCCACUCGGCAGGCAUCUCCUGUCGAGAGAAAGAUACACGAACGGCGACUGUUAGCCAAAAUUAAAGAAGUCAAAGAGCAAAAGCAACAAUUAGGAGAUAAUUUCAAAUGUUUAUUGAUAGCCACCGCUGAAAAAGAAGUAACGCUUAAAAAAUUACGUCAAGAAACGAAAAAAGCACAGCUCGAACUCGAGCAGCUUCUUUCUUGUAUUGAAAAAGUUAUUAGUUUGGAUUCUUGUGAUGAAAAAAUCAGAGCAAAGAUAAUAAGUGCUCAAACUUAUAUUGAUAAAAAUAAAGAAAGACUGGAUGCAAAGAAUCCAGUAGAUCUUCCACUUGGUAAUCUUCAUGGGCCACCUGCAAAACGGAAUCUUUUUAAUUAUUUGGAAAAAGUUAUACCAGGAUACAAGCCACAAAGUUGGAUUUUUGCCUUACUCAAUAAAAAUUAG